AUGUCGCAGCAAGCCCCGGUCAUCCUCGUUUUCUCCCUUGGCGAAGGAUUGCAACAGGCUAUCUUUCAGGACCUCUAUGGUCGUUUGAUGCAGAAAAUAGAACAGAAGGCAACGGUCAAAGAAGCUUGGAAUACUCAAGAGGCUCUCGACUUGAUCAACGGGGAUAGCAAAGCCGAAGCAAUAUUUGUGACGGAAACUCCAGCAUUGUCACCCCCCGAAACCGCAUCGUGUCGGAUAAGCUCGUCGAUCGUCCUAGGCUGCGCGUUUAGCUCCACCAUACGCCCGAGUGAUCUGCGCGGCUACUUCAACAAGAAGUGGAAUCUCCCCUGGAAGCAGGGCUCCUAUCAUCGCACCACUGUCACUCUAAAUCAAACCGCAGAAAAAGUGCCAACUGGUAGGGUACCAUCCUCGUACAGCCAAAAAGCCGUCUUCCUCGCAGAUGUCGACAAAACCGCAGCGUGGUAUCUGCCGACCAAUGACUCGGUGACAGAAUCUCAUGUAUUUCCCGCUGCGCCUGUGCCAACGUCAGAGACUCCUGUUGCAUGUGCCAAGAUGGGAAAUGGCUGGCUCGGAUAUAUCGGCGACGUGAAUGCAGAGGAAGGUACCGAUGAUGUGGUGUUGGCAAUGCUGGGAGUUCCAUGA